UACGACACGCUCACAUUUGGCAAGUGACCAAUCGGCGUGAAGGAGGGCGGGACCUACACGAUAACAGCGGAGGAUUCAAACCGAACAUGGCUGCGGGCAAGGAUGUCGAUGAAAACACACAAAAUAGAAGAGGUGCAGUGAGCAGUAUGGUGAUCAAUCAUGAGGAAUCACCUGGUGGCUCUCGUCCCGGCCGAACUCCAGUCAUCUUCAACCCAGACUUUUUUGUGGAGAAACUCCGCCAUGAGAACCCAGAUGUUUUCCUGGAGCUGGUACUUAGUAACAUCACUCGCCUCAUAGAUCUUCCCGGGACAGAGUUUGCACAGCUCCUUGGUGAGGAGGGCCCGAAGACCCCGACAGGUGGAAAUGGAGGCUUCUUUCGCUCUUUCAACUUCCUUAAACGCAAAGAUAAAGGAGUUGUGUUUGGAACCCCGCUAACAGAAAUCUGCAUUGCACAGAUCUACCAGCUCAUUGAGUACCUCAGUAAAAAUCUGCACGUGGAGGGUCUGUUUCGGGUGCCGGGCAACAGCGUCCGGCAGCAGACCUUGAAGGAGCUCCUGAACAGCGGGGUGGAUGUGGACCUGGAGUCUGGAGACUUUCACCCCAAUGACGUGGCCACGCUGCUCAAGACUUUCCUGGGAGAGCUGCCCGAGCCCCUGCUCACACAGAGACACUUUCACGCACACCUCAAGAUAGCCGAUCUGACUCUGUUUGACGAGCACGGGAACAAGACUGCAUUACCCAACAAGGAGCGUCAGAUAGAAGCCCUGCAGCUCCUCUUCCUGCUGUUACCUCAGGCCAACCGAUCCCUGCUCAAACUGCUCCUGGACCUGCUCUACCACACCGCCAGGCAGCAGGACAAGAACAAGAUGUCCGCCUUCAACCUGGCCCUCAUGUUCGCGCCGCACGUCGUCUGGCCCAGACACAUGACAGCUGGUGACCUGAAAGACAAUCUGAAGAAACUGAACAACAGCAUGGCCUUCCUCAUCAAACACUCACAGAAGCUAUUCAGGGCUCCAGCCUACCUGCGGGAAUACGCCAAAAUGCACUUCACCGGCACCAAGGCUCUGCAGACCAAGGAUGAUCUGGAGCUGUUUGCAGCCAGCAGCUCUCCUGCUCAGCGCACCGUGUUGCCCCUGAAGAGGAUAGCCCCCCCACAGGAGCAAUGCCAGUCCCCAGCCCAGCAGUACACAGAGGAGGCUCUGAAGGAGCUCUUCAGACACGUGAACCACAACAUGCCCGACUCGGCCAAGAAGAAGAAACUCGUCCGACAGUUAGUCAAACAGACAACCUCAGAGACGCCUACCAACGAUCGUCUUCAGGUACCCCCCACUGCCAGCAAGAAACACCCACGUUCCCGCUCCUUCGGAGGACUCAUCAAGCGUAAAGCUCGUGGUGAGCAGCUGACGGCGGAGAGGCGGCUCCGACAAAUCUCCCCCGAUAUUGUCUCCAAGUCGGGAAGAAAAGCUGGGAAAGAGAACGUCAUCCUACAGGGGGUGAACAGCCCAUUAAAUGGUCAUGUGUUGGGGAAGGGGGGGCUGGUAGUAAAGAACCCGGACUUUGCUUUCAAGGACAAAGUUCUGAAGGUUUCCAAGCAGAACUCCCCCUCUGUGACCCGGAUGUGUUUCUCUCCCGCUCAGGAGAUCUCGCUGUAAAAACCCCAACACGUCCUCCUCCUCCUCCUCGUCCUCGUCUCAGACAGGACUCGGACAGUAUUAUUAUUCCUCUUGUUUGUAAUCAUCGUAGUCAGUCUGUUUUUAACUGUGACUAAUGUACAGCAGCAUUCAACCUCGGCCAGAGCAGCCAGACCAAAGCCAGAGUGACACACUGGUGCCUUCAGUGGAUUUAAAUCCUCAUUACAUGGCCUAAUAAAAUGACUCUGCUCCCCAACCGUUAUGACCUCCACACAAGAUAUCUGAUGCUAAAACCCUUUUUUACUUUCAGAAAUACCUACGAAAAGUCCCAGAUUUCUCUUAGUGCUGUUUAUGAUUAAUUCUAGUAUGCACAUAAUGUUGCAUCAGGUUAGACAAUAUUUGUUCUAGCAUGAUUUAGUUUAGUAUUAAUAUCUGAAAUGAAUGGAACAACGUAAUUAUGAUGAGUUGAACUGGGUGGAUAGUUAGUUUGUUAUAAUAUGGGAGCCGGUGCAUCAGUUUGUGAGAAAUGUAGCUUUUAAUUUCUUUUUAUAUAACUUUUAUCAGGUUUUAAUUGUAAUAUUUCAGCUAUCAGAGACUUGAUUUCGAAUCGCACUCGUUUUGAAUAAAGUGAGAGUCUUUCUUUUUUAUUUCCUGAUUAAUUUAGGACCAGGUGAGGAUAUAUUUACGUAAUAACAAGUCUGCAUGAUGUGAUCUGCUCAUUGCAUGCUGCUGUGUUUUCAUUAACCACUCUAAACGCCGGGGCUGUUUAAUGUGAAACUCAAUCAGAGAGAGGUGGCUUUGGUUUGGCUCCACUGGCUCAGACCUGCUAUUUGAAACUUGUUUUUUUUAGCUAAUGUAUCAAAAUCUAUGACCACUUGUGUGUGUGUGUGUGUGUGUGUGUGUGAGAGAGCUGUGAUGUAUCUAUGGUACGAUACGUUUGUUACUGGAUGAUGUGUUUGGGUGAUGUUCUCUCCUUGGCCACUUUAUAUUUCCAAUGUUUUUAAAUCCGGAUAUGAAAACUAGGGUUCAUUUGUUAAUCACUACUCUCUCAGACUGUGAAAAUAUCCACUGUUAAUGAAUCUGUCUAACAGGACUUAAAGUACCUUUUUUAAACCUUGUUUUUUUACUUUUCAGCUGGAUGAUGUGAGUGUGACGCGGUGUGUUAUGUUGAAGGUUUAAUUGAAAGUCUAAAGAGUGUGUUUGUAUGAUUUGAGAAGGUUGAAUGAGCAGUAAUGUUACAGUCUGAUCCUCUUAAAGUGUGUGUGUGUGCUGUAGGACUGGGCAAUGUGGAGUAUACCUGAAUAUACCUGACCAAAUAUAUCGAUAUUUGGACAAUUGUGAAGUUUACUGAUGGUGCUUUUUUAAAAAUGAAUAAUAGAACUCCCAGUGUUUGUAUAAGCUAAAAAACACUUGUGCUAUAUCGCACAAUAGGAUGAUAUGGAUGUAUACCAAUAUGUUGCCCAGCCCUAACGUACUGUCCAUUAUCUGGGUAUAUUUGGAAGCACUUCCACCUGAAGAAGGCGCUGUUGUUCGGAGCUAAUUAAGGGGCUUGGAUAUAAGACGUGCAUUGUUUUUGUGUUUGCAGAAAAUGUUACUUUGGGCCCUUUUUUUUUACAUUUCUGGGACUGUCAUUGUUUUGCACACUUCCUACGUAUGUCCCUCCAGCUUGACUUAACUAACAACUGCUCAUUGUGUUGUAUUGGGAGAACAGAUGCACCAGUAUCAACAUUUCUACAACUCCAUUACUUUUGCAAAACAGCUCAGCCCUUCAGGGAGACACCACGGAUUUCUCCAACUACUUCAAUCUGGAAAUGACAAUAAGAAAUCCCCACGUUUUCCUCUUAUUUAUGAUCGUGUCUCAUAGCUUGAUGACCUGAUUGGGAAUGCAUAGGAGUGUGAUACUGGUGCGUCCUGUUUUGAAAGCGUUGUGGAUGUUGAAACGAUGGGUUUGUUGAAGGCGAUUGAACAUGCGUUACAUGUCCGGUGCAGAUGGACACUCAAAGACAUGACCUCUUUUUAUUUGACAGUAUAUUGUGAUAUUCUGAAGGUCACUCCACAAGACCUUUUUAAUUUCUAAAUAACCCCUGACUGAAUUCAUCUCGGCUGUCUUUUGAAACUGAACUGGGAUCUCUGCACGUCAUCUUUUCCUUUCCUCUUGACGUCUGAUUUCCUUUCCAGUUCACUAGGCUGCAGUUUACAAAUCUGGGAGAGAAUUCAUGUAUUUUUUUGUAUUUAUUGCCUUUUGGGAAACAAGUCUUUGGGCCAGAUUUAAGGUACUUUCUUUUUCUUACCUCGUCCCGCCGAUGAGAGCAGAAAUGUGGUUUUAUUUUUGUAACAGAAGUCUCCAGAGCCUUCCUGUCUUAAGUCUGUUUGUCUUUUUCUUUUGUUUUUCUCUGUACAUAAAUGUGAAGCAUUUAGACACUGAUUUCUACUUUCUAUCCGUACAUGGUCACUGAUAUGUUCUUUUUAACACUGUGGGAACAACACAAUAGCAUUACAUGAGAAAAGAAGGGGGACUAAAUGUUCUUUAGCGUACCAUAAUGGUUGAACCUUAUUUCUGUGUUAAUGAGGUUCAAUGAGACGGGAGAUGCGUUAAGUUUUUGUAUUGGGUUAGUUUCAUUUGUCUAAGCUCUGUUCCUCCGGUGUGAUAAUGACUGUGUCAGUGCCUGUUGUACCGCCUGGUUUAAACUGUGGUAACCUCUUUUUUUUAUUUGUAUUUUAGUGUAAAAUAAGUUAACCUUGUACAGUGCAUCUGAUUCCUUGGCGAACCCUCCGCUUCAGAUUAAAACUUUUUUAUG